UUAAUAUUGUCUAUACAUUACAUUCAAACAGAUCAAACUAUUAGACAAGUUAUCAACAACAAUAAAAAAACGCACACAAUUUUGAACUCUAAACGGAGAUUAUAAAAACAAAUAAAAGCAAUAAAACAAUAACAACAAUGAUUAGCAACAAUUGGAUUUUUAGCUUUUUUAUAAAUCAAUUGCCUUUGAUAGCCCUGCUUGCGGUAUAUCCAGCGAUUAUUGUGGUAUCCGUGGUCUAUAAAGUGGUGAAAUGGUUACGACCCAAGACACCAAGUGUUUCGCUGAGCAAUGAAGUGGCAGUGAUAACAGGUUCUGCCAGAGGUUUGGGUCGAGAAAUAGCCAUUGAUUUGGCCAAACGCGGCUGUCGCAUUGCCAUCGUUGAUAUUCAGCAGACGCUGGCCGAAGAAACAGCUGAGCACAUAGCGGAAACGUACAAUGUUAAGACUAAAGCGUACAAGGUUGAUGUCUCCGAUCACAAACAAAUUGCAGAGUUAAAAGACAAAGUCACCUCCGAUUUGGGUGAUACAACAAUUCUGGUGAAUAAUGCCGCGAUAUUAUUCUUUUCCACCGCUUACCAGCCACCACUGGAGGAAGUAAAGCGCAUGAUUAAUGUUAAUCUUGCGUCCGUGUGUUAUACAACCGAAAUAUUUCUACCCAAAAUGAAGGAACUUAAUCGUGGUCACGUUGUUAACAUUGCAUCGGCCUCUGCCCUCUUGGCUUUUCCCAACAUGAGCGUGUAUGCCGCCACCAAAGCGGGCGUACGUCAUCUAACAUGGAUGUUACGUUCGGAGCUUGCGCUACUUGGUCAUAAUAUUACGGCCACCACCGUGAUGCCAACAUUUUUGAACACCAAUAAGUGUGUGGAGGAACUGAUUAAAAUGAAUGGUAUUCAAGGUGCGCCGGGUUCUAAUGUGGCUCGUCGCAUUGUCGAGGGUAUGUUGGCCGGCGAAGAUGAGCUCGUAAUACCCGGUUCCGUAAAAUAUAUGUAUAAACUAUUGGAAGUGCUACCAACCUAUAUAAAGGAGCGUUUUCUCAUGCUGAUUAUCGGCAACAAUUUUCAGCGCUACAUCAAAUCCAGCCAGGUUAGCAAACUUCUGCAGGAAGGCACAAUCAAAUGUGAUUCGAAUAAUAAUGAUAAAUCAUAAUUUGUUGGUUGUUAAGUUUUAUUUAAAUAAAUAAUUGGAAAGAUCUCUUUAA